AUGGUGCAUCAUUUGGACCAGCAUGUAGUUCAGCUGUUGUCAGCUUCAUCGCCAGUGAGAUAUGGCAGAUGGGAGCGUUUGGUGGAUGCCAAGAAUCUGAAGUGGCUGUCACUAAUUGUGCUAAUUUUACAGACUACCGCACUUGCACUCUUGUUGCGGUACUCGCGGACACAACAAGUUGAUGGGCCAAGGUAUCUUUCAUCUACGGCAGUAAUAAAUGCCGAAAUAUUAAAGUUACUUUCAUGUCUUGUCUUUAUUGCUUAUCAGCACAAUUGGCACUACAAAAUAAUUGGGAGUGAAAUCUACUCUGAAUGUUGGGUGAAAUCAAGGGAGGCUCUGAAAAUGGCCGUGCCGGCAUUUUUGUAUGUCGUGCAAAAUAAUCUUCUUUUUUUGGCCUUGUCAACACUUAAUGCAGCUACUUAUCAGGUCACUUAUCAGCUCAAAAUUCUUACUACAGCGUUUUUUUCUAUAACUUUGUUGGGAAGGAAAUUGAAUAUCUUGAAAUGGAUGUCGCUUUUAUUACUUACGGGUGGGGUCGCUUUAGUUCAGUUCCCAAAAGAUUCGGAUAAGGUUACGUUAUCAACAAAAAGAUUUACAUACAUAACAAGUUCGGAUCAAAUCAUUGGAUUGCUUGCUGUGAUUGUAGCCUGUUUUUCAAGCGGUUUUGCUGGUGUUUAUAUGGAAAAAAUCUUAAAAGUGUCUCCAGUAUCGCUCUGGAUACGAAAUUUACAGCUUGCGUACUUUAGUGUUCUUGGUGGCUUGUUCAUGGUGUGGUUAUAUGAUUUCGAAAAAGUUACUAAGCAUGGUUUUUUCCAAGGAUAUAAUAUGAUAACUUGUAUUGUUGUAAUUCUCCAGGCGUAUGGUGGACUUCUCAUUUCAUUAGUGGUGAAAUAUGCAGAUAAUAUUUUGAAAGGGUUCGCUGUAUCGCUUUCAAUCACAUUGUCCUGUUUUAUUUCUUACUGGUUCUUGAAUGACUUCAAACCAUCUCUGUUAGUUAUUUUUAUAUUUUUUUUCAAAUUCCGGUAA